AGUCUGGUUUAUGUUGAUCGCGCGAAGACAAAUUCAGUUAAAUAAACACAGGAUAAACCACAGCACGGCUAGAAUUAAGCGCAUAUUUUCGAAACUAUAUUAGCUUCUUCUGUUACAGAAAUCGGAGACACUGACUUCAGAAGAUUUCUAACUUCCAUCUGUGGUUAGCUUUCGCAAGUUAAUACGCUACUUUUAUUUAUUUUUGAACACAGCGCAAAAUGGAGAAAUAUUUCUAUUUUAUGACUUUAGCAAUGGCUACCUUCUCUUUGGUUGGAGGCAGCUGUCCGGCUGUGUGCGAGUGCCCGGCGGCUCCCCUCGGCUGCCCGCCGGGCGUGAGCGCAGUGGCGGACGGCUGCGGCUGCUGUAAGGUGUGCGCCGCCCAGCUGAACCAGGACUGCCACUCCCUAAAGCCCUGCGACCACCACAAGGGUCUGGAGUGCAACUACGGCAACGACGUGGCACGCACCUGGGGCGUUUGCCGGGCGAGGCUGGAGGGCCGGACCUGUGAGUACAGCGGGAGGAUCUACCAGAACGGCGAGAGCUUCCGUGCCGGCUGUAAGCACCAGUGCACCUGCAUCGACGGGGCCGUGGGCUGCGCCCCCCUCUGCCCCAGCCAGCUGCCCCUGGCCUCGCCCUCCUGCCCCGCCCCGCGCCUGCUCAAAGUGCCCGGGCAGUGCUGCCUCAGCGUGGACUGUGGCAAGGGGGCCCCGGCCCUGCCUCCCACUCACCCGAACCUGCAGCCGUACCCCUACCCCUACCCCAACCCCUACCCUUACCCACACCCCUACAAACCUGACAAGAGCCUGGACAACGAGCUGGUGGAGAUGGGGAAGAAACGGAGCAAGCAGGAUGGAUACAAGCACAUGGCCGCGUGGAUGCAGGUGGGAGGCGAGUGCAUCAUCCAGACCACCAGCUGGUCCCAGUGCUCCCGCAGCUGUGGGAUGGGCGUGUCCUCCCGCGUCACCAACCACAACGGCCAGUGCAGGCUGGUGAGGGAGACGCGGCUGUGCACCAUCCGCCCCUGCGGCUCCGCCCCUGCGCCUCUCAAGACGGGGAAGAAGUGCUCCCGCACGCGGAAGGCGCCGGAGCCCCUGCGCCUGUCCUACGCCGGUUGCCGUAGCAGCCGCCAGUACCAGCCCAACUACUGCGGGGUGUGUGUGGACGGGCGCUGCUGCGCCCCGCGCCGCUCCCGCACCGUCUCCGUGCCCUUCCUGUGCCCCGACGGCGAGCGCUUCAACAAGGCCGUCAUGUUCGUGCAGUCCUGCAAGUGCAGCGACGACUGCGGCCAUCUCAACGAGGUGGCCCUCCCCCCCCAGCACUGGCUCCACGGCGACACGCACAAGUUCAUCGACUAGAGGCCCCCCACCCCCACCCCACCCACCCUCCACCAACCCGCCUCCCAGCGCACACAUAGUCCAGAGGUAGAUGCUGUCUGAGGACGCGUGUUCCUCCAUUCUAGAAUUGUUUGAACGCCGAAUGGAGGAGGCAGAAUUUGGGAACGACGAGAGCUUUGGCGAUGCCUUCGAUUUUUAUAAUUGGGAUUUAGCAAGAAAAACCAACCCAGGGUUAUACACGGCCACCAGUGAACUAAGGAGUGUGUGAUCAAGAGAGGCCCGUUUCCUGCCAGUUACAGACCGUGUUCUGACCGGCCCUCCACAGCCCGUCCUGAUUGGUGGAACUCUUGAGACUCUCCGAUUGGCACAGCAUCACACAGAACUGAUUGGGAGAUGCUGCACAGGCCCAUGCCUACAGUCACUGUGUAUGUGGACUAAUUGACUGCCAGGGGGAUGCUGGGUUUACAGAGGCUUGCACUUAAAUAAGUAAUAAAGAAAAUAUCCGUUGGAGAGAGGAUUGGGUUUACAGUGAAUUUGACGUGUUCUCCAUUAAGAUUAUUUGUUUAUUUGGAUGUGCCCAGAUGGGCCUGAAACCAGAAACUCUAAAAACAGACCCUUGAUUUCACAUUAUUUUUCCUACAUUUUUGCAAUUUUGGGUUUUUUAACUAGGAGAAAUGAUCGGUUCUUUGAAAGUCACUGAAACCUAUUACAGAAAUUCUGUUCCAACUUGUUUUUAUUCCAGAGACAUAUUAAGAGAGGGGGGGAGGGGUUACAGACGGAAGGCUGGUCUGACAGAUAGUGGCUCAGCUGCUCUCAGGCAGAGUUCAGGGAGGCUCUGUAGUCUGUGAAUACCUGACGUGCUCGGUCCUAAAAAAAAACUUACAACUGCUGAGCAGGCAGCUUUGAAUUGUGAUGUCAAAGUAUUUUUACCCACUGACCAUAAAAAGGAUCCAGCAUUGAUGGCUGUUAUCUGAAUAAUGGGUCAGGAACCCUGCCCUAAAAAAAAAUAAGACAAAGAUGGGAGGGAGCCACCUUUACUUGCAAAUGUCAUUGGGUACUUGUGUUUAAACCAAUUUAUAUAUGUACGGCUUUGCCUGUAAUCUGUAAACGUAUGCAGACACACCACUUUCCUUUUGUGUUUAUAUUCUGUCUUUUGAGAUUAGAAUCGGUGAAUUUGAUACAUAGCCUGCAGUGUGGCCCCUGCAGUGUGGCCCAGGCCCCAGACAGAGCUGGAGGUUCUCUUCAUGGCUUGGGGGCGGGGAUGGUACAGCAGCAAUAGCAUCGCAUUGUUUGGCUGCUAUAAUUUGACAUCCUCCAGAGUCUUCGGGAGAUCUGGUUUCAACAUGUAGAGAAUGCUGCUACUGAGUAAUUAAACACUUCAUUUUGUAUCCUGAAAAUAUGUUUCAGGACUGGCAAAAUGUGUACCUUUCACAAUGCAUUUAUCUGUCUUUUCUUUUUUCUUUUUCUUUUCUUUUUUUUUUUUUAAAAGUGUUUAUUUAGUUACUGUUUGCAUAGAUCUGAAAGUUCAGAAACCGCUUUAAAACUUUAUUGUUCUGGAGCUGCAUGGAAAACCCUGGCUUCUUUAUGGAGCAUCUUGUUUGUCACAUCAGGCAUUUGUAACAAAUGUUAUUUAAUAGUGUUCAUUUAAAUUGCAAUGUUGUGAAUUGUUUAUGUCUUCUAUAAUCGUCUAUACAGUACAACCAUUGCACUAAUUGUUAUUACAUUGUUAAUGGGACUUGGACUACUGUACCCAACCUGGUUCCUGUACAAUUGGAAUAGGCAGCUAUGUAACAUUUAGAAAAGAAAUGAAAAAUUCCUUCAAUUUUGGAACACAGCAAAAUUACAGGUAGUUGGGAUGGUGAUUGGGCAGUUGUCUGACCUGCCCCUGAUUUAUGGUAAAAUUCCUUAUUUGCACACAAUGUAUAUAUCCUAUCCUGUUUUUUAUCAGAGACAAAGAGCACACAGGUUAAACUGACUGGUGUGAUAUCUGCACUUGUACUAUACAGCUCUGAAAGUGACAUCAGGCUGCAUAUUAUUGAUCAGAAUUUGUCUGUUGCUCAAAAAUGUAAAAAUUCAACAUUCUGUUUGAUCGUCAUUGUCUACAGAUGCACCUCCCAUAAAUUCCAUUUGUGCCGUGUUAAAAUGGGCUGGUUUGGUGUAUUCUGCUAGUUGAUGAAUCGGUAUAUUAUGCCUGGCCCUGGCCGGCCCUUUGUGUAGAGUUGCUUUGCAGUAGCUCCAGACCCUGAUGAUUAAAUAGCCGCUAUACUCCAGGACCAGGAUUGAUAUUCAUUUGUAUGGAAGCACUGUCAUUUUAGCGUUCACUUUGAAUCGUCAGGACAGUGCAAAGUGUGUGUGGGCAAUUUUAGUGAGAAGCUCAAGCUUGGUUUGAUCUGUCCUGAAUUUAAAGGGCACUUGAUUUUAAAAUACAAAAAUGUAUUGUAACGGCAAAUAAAACUACACCUUAUGUACCUUAGAGUAUUGUUUAGCAUCUAUGGAAUGUAUUAUUUUUGUUGUUGCAUUUAAGCAAUCAAAUAAAAUUUGCUUUUUAGUCUU